AGUGCGAUACGCAGCGGAUUGGGACACAGCCCUGUGUCUGCUGAUGGCGGAGUGCAGCUGAAGAUGACCGCGUGUGCAGGCUGUGUGAGGAUUAAUAGGCACUUUUCGGCGUCACUGACACCACCGUGAGUGUUUGGGAGGAGACGCGCUGAAGAUGGAGUGGUUCAGAAACGCCAAGUUAGCGCCUGAGGAGAAGCGCUGCGCGAGCGACGACCGAGGGCGCGUGCACGAGGUCAGUGCGGAGAGCAUGGCGUCUCUGUGUGAGAGGCAGCAGCGGAGUAUGAAGGCCUCCAUCGUGUCCAGUUGGCAAUUGGUGGAGGCUCAGGACCAGCUCAGCGGUCUGGAGCUGCACGGUUCUGAGUCGGUAGAACAGGCCCGGGCUCGAGCGCUCGCCUCCUCAGCGCACCUCUCUCAGACCGAGGAGGAGUGGAGGAGGAAGGAGAGCAUGCUAAACUCCCGUUGGAGCCCCACCUCUGGACUGGAGCCUGGACACGGUGGCUUCGACAGAAGCAUCAUAAACGAUCCUGGGCCCAGGGGGAUGGACACGGAUUACGACAAGAGCUUAACCUUUAUUCAGCGCCACGAGGAGGAACUGAAGCAUUUCGGAAUGUUGAGGAGAUGGGACGACAGUCAGCGUUUUCUGGCCCAGCUGCCCCACCUGAUCUGUGAGGAAACAGCAAACUACCUGAUCUUAUGGUGCUUUCGUCUCUACGCUGAGGAGAAGGAAGCUCUGAUGGAGCAGGUCGCUCACCAGGCUGUAGUCAUGCAGUUUAUAUUGGAGAUGGCGCGCAGUGAGCAGCGGGAUCCUCGCACCUGCUUCCGCCAGUUUUUCCAGAAAGCCAAAGCGGGGCAGGAGGGGUAUCUGGACGUCUUCCACACUGAACUCCAGGCCUUUAAACACAGAGUGAGGGACUAUGCCGUGAGACCCAAAGUGGACACGUCCAAAACUCCGGAGCAGCAGAGUACCCCGGCCAGCUGCCGACUCGACCCCAAAGAGGUGCUGGAAUCUCUGCCUCCUGAACUGAAGGUGUGUAUCCAGUCACAGGACAUGCACAUCCUGCAGAACGUCCUGAGCACCAUGAACCCACAGGUGGCGGAGUAUCAUAUAAAGCGUUGUUUAGAGGCGGGGCUUUGUUCACACUCUGGGCAGGGCUCUAAAGACGACGACACGGAAACAGAGGAUCAGAGGAGGAUGGAGAUGUCCUAACACACACACACACACAUGCACGUGCACAAACAUACACACACACCAUGUCACUUGUUCAGGACAAUGAUGUUGAACAUUGGUUGAAGAUCAGACAAGUGGACACGACCUUCAUCCUGGAGGAGGAGAAGAAGAGUGGGGGGGGGUGGAGGACAAGGAGAGAAGAAAGAAGAAGAGACGAGGGGGGGACCGCGGCCGUCAGAGCCUUUGCGUGUACGUGUGUGUGUGUGCGCGCACAUGCUGCUGGACGUCUGCAUCCUACAAGAGCUGCACUUUAUAUCUGUCUACGCAGGUAGUGUAUAGAAGCCGAACAGAAACAGGACACAGUAUUUUUUUGUGCGUUUGUUGACUUUUUCUCUCACGUUUUCUGGCGUGAUCUCGAGGUGAGGCAUAAACACUGGUUAGUGUUUUUCUUAUUUCUGCAGCUUUUUUUGGUUGUUUUUUUUCCCCCCUUGUCAGAGCUGUUCAGCGACGUGGACUUAUUUCAUGAAGCGCUCGUUACCCUCUCACAUGGUUCUCACAUCACUUGAUUAAUUUAACAUAAAAAUGCAAAAAUAAAUUUAUGACCGUUAUGUUUAAAGCGGAUAGUUUUUUCCUCCCACCUAAGUCGGUCUUAAAUCAUAAUUGAGGUGUGUGUACGGUACUGUGCGAAAGACUUGAGCACCAUAUUGUCUUCAGUAUGUUGUUUGUGUAUAUGUUUAUCAUGGCUGCGUUAUUAGAUACAAAACCAUUUACUGUUUCAGAACAUAACCUAAAAAUUAAUAAAUAACAUUACAAAAGAAUAUUCUGUAAUGAAUAUUCAAAACUGCACACAUCUAUAUCUAAUACUAAUAAUUAUUUUUAAGUGUUAUUUACACCAGAUACUAACUGUGUUUAUUUUCAGUGUGUUUUAUAGAUUUUCUUAAAAAAAAAUUUUUUUAAAGGCACCUUUCAGUGUGGCAUUUUUAUUAAAGAAAAUUUCAACAUGCCCUAGACCCGUGCGUAAUACUGCAAGUAUAAGAGAUUUUAGGUUUUACUGAACGUGCUGGAGAAUGAGUUCUUCUGGUAACUUUUUCACACUCGUUCCUUUCUGUUUUCAGGAGGCCACAGUAGGGUUGUUUGUUUUCAUCGGAAAACUGGUCUGUUGUGUAAUAUGUUGCUUUUGUUUACAUGCAGGUGUGUAAAUAUUCUUCUGUAAUGUUAUUUAUUAAUUAAUUGUUUUUAAGUUAUACCUGGACACCACAAGUAGGUAGUUUUGUACAGAAUAAUGCAGCACGAUAAUCAAUUCAGCUGAGGCUCGUAUGAAGCUUCUGCAGUUUCACUAAACUACGACAUGUAGGGAUGUUUCAAACGUACCCAGUAUUUAGUAGAGAUUACCUCAUGAUGAUAUCCGGUGGUGCAGGUGAUUCCUGUCACUAGUAUUUAGUACAAAUUAAACUCUUUUCUUUCCCUGGAAUGAGCUAUAGGUUAAAAUUAGCAGUACAGCUAUUUCUGGUGAAAGAAAAAAAAAAGUUAAAUCCGUAUUAAGUACAGCGUAAUGUCUAACUGGAUGUAGCUCAGUGCAGAAACUUUAAGUCUCAGCUGAACAAAAGCAUUUUUGACCCCCAUUACUCACAGUGUACUCGCGCUCUGGUUGAAAAACUUCCCAAGCAGGAACAUAUAUACAGUAGUUUCCUGUGGGAUUAAUAAACAUUUGUCUUAGAACACCUGAGAUGAGACCUAUAGUUAAUCUAGUUAUAUUUACAUCAAUUAUGAUUUAAGACAGACUUGGGUGGGGGGAUACUUUCGCUACCUUAAAAAAAAUUGUAAGGGAUCAUCAAAACUGACGGUUUGUAAUGAUUUCCCCUUUAUUUUUAUUUUUUAUUUCUGCGGUGAGAUAAAAGCAAAACUACAAAGUAAAGAAAACGUUUGACGACUACAUAAAAUAUAUUAAGGAAAUUAAAUAAUGAUGUUUAUUCACCACGCAGUGUAUUUUAUGUAAAAAAAAAAAAAAAAAAUGACAAAGACUAAAUCGUAUGAUUACAAAUAGGGCAAAUACUAACGAACGUUUGUGCUGCUGCUAUUUCCGAGUUGCGUCCAGUCCAAUGCGAUGGAGAUCAGAUAGCGCAGUGAUUAAAAAAAAAAAAAAAAACAGGAGCCAGGAGCUAAUCUUAGCCUGAGCAUCAGAUCCAAGCUCUGUGCUGUUGCGCGG